UUGUUAGUAUUAGUAUAGUAUUUAGUAUUUAUAGCAUGAUAUGUAAUGGAUUGGUUGCAACUUUUAUCUUGCAGCAACACAUUCAAAGCUAAUGUAGCACAAAAAUUUGUUUUCAGUCAUUUUCAGUGCAAUUUAUUUAACAUUUAAGUCAAAUAUCAGCAGGUUACUUCAGUUUUAGUGGUGUUUAUGAGUAUUAGACAUUCUGUGGUCAUGUAUUAGAGGUGUACACGGUGAUGUCACUGGUCUGCGGACAUCUCCACACUGUCACUUUAAUUUCAGUGCAGUCCAGGGGGCAGGAUCGUGAGGUUUUCCUUCUCUCGGACUCGGAGUGUUUGCACCAACCACAGCAGCAGCAGCACAUUGAAUGAAGUGUGUUUGCAGGCUGCUGGCCACACGGAGGACACCGUGCUGCUGGCCUGUUCAAGAUGCCACAGAUGUACAGCCAGAAUGCAUCAUUUUUUUUAGCUGUUGAGAGGGCGGAUUUGAGCCUCGCCACAUUUCUCCAGUAGCCCCCUUUUUUCUCAGAAAGCUGCAGGGCCCUGAGAGAAAGCAAUCUCCGCCUUGAUGGUAUCUGGACAGCAGCAGCAGCAGCGCACUGCACAGACGACUGGCAGCUCUCUGCACGGAUGAUAAAGAACUUGGGAAAGGAAAUGGUCAAGAUGGCAGCUGUGUGCGGAGUGAUAAAGCUGAUGUGGUGGCAUUAGGUGUAGUAUUCUCUCAUUUUCUUUGGCAUGCACGUCGCAGGAUCGCGGCGCAGGACGCGGGCGCUUGUAAAGGAACGCUGUUUGGAUUCCUCCGAAGACUCCCCGCCGCCUCCUCCUAUCUUUAAACCCACAUUUCGCGAAAUUGCAAUGCAUGUUGGCGAGGGUGUGGGCUGUGCACGAGAAAAGGCAAUGUUUUGUUAAUGCUGGUCAGCUCCGAUCAGCUCCGUGUGCUGCGGAUAGACGCCUUGCAGGACAGAUAGACAGACACGUGCUGGGGACUGGGCUGCAGGCUGCUGGACAUUUGCAUACCGUGCAUAGUAAAUAAAGUGUCCCUGAAGCCUGCACGCGACAUUGAUGGAAUGCGACCUGAGUGAUUUUAUAACCCUUUGUGCUGCGACCGAGAUAUUGCGAGUAACAUGGCUGAGGCGCCGCGCGACGGCAACGAGCCUCCUUUAAACGUUGAGAUCGAUCCGGAUUUCGAGCCCCAGAAGCGGCCACGGUCCUGCACUUGGCCCCUGCCCCGUCCGGAGUCUGGUGCGGGCAAGCCCGGGACAAAUGACGCUGACGUAAUCCCUGAAGAAGAGGAUGAUGAGGGUGGCAGCACUGAGAGCAGCGACGCGCAGAAAGCCAGCGGCGGCAUUGUUAAAUCCCGUGCGCAGAGCGGCAGCAGCUCCAUCUCCCAGCCUGUGGAGGUCCAGCGCGGCCACUGCAAGGAGGAGGCCGCCGAUGGCUCGCCUUCCUCGGCGCAGACCCCCGCCGCGGCUCUCGGUGGCUCUGCCUCCCAGCAGCUGAGGAAGUCCUCCGCCCGCAGGAACGCCUGGGGCAACUACUCCUAUGCAGACCUCAUUACCCAAGCCAUCGAGAGCUCCCCCGAGAAAAGGCUGACCUUGUCCCAAAUCUAUGACUGGAUGGUGAGGUCUGUGCCAUAUUUCAAGGACAAAGGCGACAGCAAUAGCUCUGCUGGCUGGAAGAAUUCCAUCCGACACAAUCUGUCCCUCCACAGUCGCUUUGUGAAAGUCCAGAAUGAAGGAACAGGAAAAAGUUCCUGGUGGAUGGUCAACCCAGAAGGUGGGAAAGGAGGCAAAGCUCCCCGCCGACGGGCCGUAUCGAUGGAUAACAGCAAGUACAUCAAAGGAGCCCGAGGACGUGCCACCAAGAAGAAAGCCUCGCUGCAGGCAGCUCAAGACGGCAGCUCAGAGAGCUCCUCCAGCCUCUCCAAAUGGACAGGAAGUCCCACCUCCCGCAGCAGUGACGAGCUGGACGCCUGGACAGACUUCCGCUCCCGGACCAAUUCCAACGCCAGCACACUCAGCGGUCGACUGUCCCCGAUCCUGGCCAACCUGGAGCUGGAUGAGGUGCCUGAUGACGACUCGCCCCUCUCCCCAAUGUUGUACUCCAGCCCCAGCAGCAUGUCCCCGUCCACAGGGCCCACAGGGCUCUCUGACCUGGCAGGUACCAUGAACCUUAAUGACGGGCUCUCUGACAACCUGAUGGACGACCUUUUGGACAAUAUCAGCCUGACAGCAUCCCAGCAGCCUCCUCCUGGAGAGGAAGACAACGGAGCCAACGGUCAGGGGAGCUCAGUGUUUACCUUCAGCUGCUCAGGCAGCAGUCUGGGUAGCCCCUCUGGCAGCUACGGGCCUAACCCUCUUUUCAGCCCGCCGUCCAUCACAAGCCUGCGGCAGUCGCCCAUGCAGACCAUCCAGGAGAACAAGCAGACCACCUUCUCCUGCAUCUCGCAUUUCAGCGACCAUCAAACCCUGCAGGAUCUGCUCAGCCUGGACUCCCACAGCCACAGCAACGUCAUGCUCACCCAGUCUGACCCGCUGAUGUCGCAGGCCAGCACCGCCAUCGCCCUGCAGAACUCCCGCCGCAAUGCCAUGCUGCUCCGCAAAGACCACAUGUUGGUGAACCACACCAGUGUGGGUGAGGCCCAAAGCUCUUCAGUGCCUGGUUGGCAAGCUGGCUUGUCAACCUCUGACAAAGACGCCGGUCUCUCCGACGCCAAGCAGCCGCACCUGAAGUCUCCCAGCAAGAACGCCUCUAUGCAGCUCGGCUCUGGCUUGUCCGGCCAGGACCGCUUUCCCGCUGAUCUGGACCUCGAUGUGUUCAACGGCAGUCUUGAGUGUGACAUGGACUCCAUCAUCCGCAAUGAACUGAUGGACGCAGACUGCCUGGACCUCAGCUUCGACUCUCGCCUCACAUCCGCCCAAAACGCCAACAGGAAUUCAGGAAGCUUCUCCAGCUCAAAACAGACCUCCCCUCACAGCUGGGUCCCGAGCUGAGAAGCUCUGUCAAAGCUCAGCAUGGGCAAAAAAAGAAGUGGGGGAAAAUGUAAAUUGGGGUUCAUUGUCCUGCGUUGUGAAACUAGAGGGAAGAACGUCUGUAAAUGUGUAUUCAUGUAGUAUUUUUUCCAUGAUUUUCAAUGUGAGGCAUUAAGUUUGGUACUGUAUUUUAAGUGUCUGAGACCCACAAUGGUGUCUUCACAGAGGAGGAAAAAAAAUCUUUAAAAAGACCAAUGCCUGGGCGGUGUAAACAACAGUAUUGACUGGAGUGGAAGUACAGGACGUUUUGUUAAAACUAUAUGAAAAGCAUCAACUCGUGUUAGUCUCAGGGAAUCACUCAUACAGUAUCACAAACGUGAUACAUGAAACUGAAGAAGAAUUAUGUUUUCACCCUGCUUUCUCUCCUCUUUCACACCCUUUCAUACCUAAACCGACAUUUUUGCCAAACCAGCUGUCAGCCUGUUGUGAGUGACAGCGUGUUUACAGAAAAAAGCUGCAGAGAAUGUUACAUUAUUACGUUCCAGUGGAGGAUACUUGACAAGCUUUUUUUUAUUUUAAAGUUUCUUUGAGAGACGUAGCCUAAACGGACUAAAAGAUUUAAAAAGUGUUAAUGAAAAGCUUUUUUCUUUUUGUCCCAUUGAUGCACAGAGUCACGCACCAAAUAUCAAUCUGUAGAGGUUAAUAUGUUAUCAAGAUGUGAACUGAUCUACAUUGUGUGGUUUUUGUAUGUAAUGUUUUAUUUUUAUUUAGCGAGUUUUACCCUGUGAUUUUAGUGACAUUACUGUGAAUUCUGUUCCUUCUAAAGAGGUGCAUUACUGAAGUCUUGAUAAUAUGGUGUUUCUGCUGCAGAUCCCUUUUCACCAUCUUCCCUCCUCCUCUUCCUCCUCUUCCACUUACUGCAAUAUUGGAAGUACUGCUCAGUAUACAGAGUUUAGGACAGACUUAAGGACUGUGUUUAGCAAGAAACUCUAGCUCUAGUCGACACCAUUUACAUUAGCAAACACGUAUUUGGAUUAAAGUAACCACACUUAGAGACUCCAUAGCACUCAGCUACAAUAUUUUGGUGUUUGUUAAUUUGAAGGAGUUCUUGGUGCUAUAAAUAAGACGAUAGCAGGGAGUGGCUGCAGAUGGAGCAGCAUUUGUAGCCUCCCCUUUGUUAUCAGCACUAUAGCAGGUGCUGGGUCAAACGUGUUUCCAACCCUGUGCGAGGAGGUCGUAUAGUAUCUUAGAGCCAUUUUUGCCAUUUGAGAAAGAAACAACCACAGUAUUUUAAAUAUUGCCAAAAUAUUUCUGCAUUUAAAUAAGUGGAAAUAAGAGGAUAUAUAGUGUAUGAAUAUUAGGAACCAGUGCUAUAAGGGCAAAAAAACAAAACAAAAAAAACCCCAUCAACAUCAGCACAGUUUUUGUAGGAACGGCAGGAUGAACUUUUCUUAGUUUACAUUUUUCAUCAGCUGGAAACUGUCAAUUUUCACUGAAUUUGUCAUGUUGAAUGAAAUUUUAUUUAUUUUAUUUUCCAUGUGUAAAUAUUUUGUGCUUUUCCAUAUGACGUGUGGUUGAGCUGAGUAAAAGCACUUUUGUUUAAAUGGUCCGCUCAACAUUUUGACCACCUCAAUCGGGUAUUGAUCAAACAGCAAAUGGUGUCCUCCAUUUGGAGUUAUUGAGAAAAUCUAAAUGUUACAUCCUAUUGAUUAUAAAGGGACAGUUCACCCCAAAAUCAAGAAUACAUUUCCUUUUACCUGUAGUCCCUCCAGGAUUUCAUAGGCUUUUUCAUUUAUUAAUUUUCUGUAAUCGCUUAUCCUGUUGGGGGUCGCGGGGUGGGUGGAGCCUAUCCCAGCUGACAUUGGACGAGAGGCGGGGUACACCCUGGACAGGUCACCAGACUAUCACAGGGCUGACACAUAGAGACAGACAACCAUUCACGCAUACAUUCACACAAGUCAACCUAACCUGCAUGUCUUUGGACUGUGGGAGGAAGCCGGAGUACCCGGAGAAAACCCACAAUGACACAGGGAGAACAUGCAAACUCCACACAGAAGGGCUCCCCCACCCAGGGUUUGAACCCUGGGCUGUUUUGGGGAUUGUUGCACCCUAAGAUGUCUGAUUACACGGCAGCUUUUCUAAAAAGAUUGUUAUGCGUGUUACAAUGUUUUUAGGCAGCUUUACAAAUAAAUUACGGGGCAAGUGAAAAUUGCGAACACAUUAGCAAUACUAUCUUGGAUUUGAAGCCUUAUAAUGAGCAGUCAGUGUUUCCCUCAGGAUUAGGAUCUAUUUGUGAUGGUAGGAGGGGCAACAGCUGAUCGCCACCAUCAGUUUGUUGCAGCGCUGAAGGACUGUCUCCGUGAGCCGCUCUCCUCCUGCUCUCUCUGCCUGGUUUACACGAGCUAACACAGCAGCAACUGCAGCUAACAUUCAAAACUGAGCCAUAAUACUGUCCCAACAAUCUCACACUGACACCGAAACGGCUUGACUCUGUUGUUAAACCUGUUACUAACCGUUGAGUAACAUUAGCCGUAUGAUGCUAAUAAUUAGAUUGUCGUUGUGUGUGAUAGUCUCAGACGCAGAGCUCACACUCACGCAGCAGCAGUCUAAUGAUAGACAGAGCUGGGCAAGGAGGGGCUGCGCAUUAGCUACUGCCCUGAAGGAAGUGUGUAUCUACUCAUGAACAAGAGGUUCAUGCUUGUUACAGUGUGAGAUGUCAAUAUUAAUGCUGUCCUCCUCGGCUGAGCUGCAACGUUAGCUAGCUCAGUGGUGCUAGGUGCGCUAGCAGUAGAUGCACGCUGCCUUCUGAGCGGUGAUUCGGUUGACAGGUGUAGUUCAGUAUAAGGAAAAUAGUUCCUGCAUGAAACUGCUCACAACAAGGUCUAUGGAUUAUCUUGAGUAACCAAUUCAUGACUUCUUGAAAGAGACAUUGCUGUUGAUUUUUUCAAAUGUAAUUUUUUGGCGCUAUGAGCACCACAAGCUGAGUGCCAUCUAGUUCCAUUAUAUUUGAGAGAAGGCAGACAUCUCUAUGGUCGAUAUCUCCAACACUCAGCAACUCAUACCAAAAUAAUCUAGACUGAUAAAUAGCACUACAGGUAAGAGGGAAAAUAUAUAAUUUUAAUUUUAGGUGAACCGUUCCUUUAACUGAGAUAUUUAAUCCCAUUUGCUUAUUAUUUGAUUUUACAAAAACACUCUGCACAGCUGUGCUUCCAAAUAUUUUUCGUAGCUUCACAUGGAUGAUUUCACACUGAUUCUAAGCUUAAUUUUUUUCCUACAUUAAUUUUGAGUAACUCUCACUGCCAAUAUUCAAACUCCAUUUCUUCCUAUUGCUCCUACAAAACAAAAAGAGACAUCAAGUUGACAUUGCCAGUUGUAAUUCCAGCUCCUAUCUUGGCUGUAUCAGAGAUGGUGCAUGUAAAUAAAGCUUAAAGAACCACU